CGCAUACUUCCUGCAGAGGGAUACACAAACAACAUUAAACAAACCCUCACGGAGAUUGAAAUCAUCGUUUUGUCGUUCCACUUACAGACACAUGCACAAAAGCACAACCAUUAUGUCUAUGUCAGCGGCGCAGGCGAGGACAACUCUUAAAGAGGUAAUGCAAUACGCUGAGGAAGGCAUCCACUACGAUGACGACGGGGAGUUUGAACUACUAACGGAGAGAGUGCCCAACUACUUCGAAGUCAGAGUGAACAUUCGUGCAAGCAUUGCAACGAACGCAGAGGAGUCGCUCAGAGCACGGAUGCUAUUGGCACGGUUCACAGAGGCGCGUGAUUUGCGUGUAGACGACAGUGCUGAUACCGGUGCAUACAGCUUGAGAAAAGUGGUUGGUUGGAUGUGCACAGAAGGGAUGUCUGCUGAAGGGGACGUGGAUAUGACAAAGCAGCAGCAGGGCGGAACAUACACAGCAGAUGAUUUCAAGAAGAUGCUCAUGACACAGGCGAGGAAAUGGGGAAUGCUUGUUGAAGAUUCUAACGACGAGUUGAAGAGCGGUGCAGCAGAAAUUCUGUUGCUAGAUAUCGCAUUCCGUAACAGUCGUGAGUGUCUGACAUGGGCAGGCCGCCAGGCUGAAGCUGCAGGGUGGCAAGAGAAGAAUCUACGCAGUGAUGAUUGGCCCGAAGAAGCGCAUGUCAUUCUGUGGUACCGCGACUGGCGCACAACGUUCGCUGACCUCGUGCGUGCUGCACUGAACAAYGUUGAAACGGUGUCUUGCCUCGAAAUACAACAUCCCGGGGAUGACAUCGAAAUCUGCGACUCUCGCACGAGGCAGUUGAGUCACCAUGUCCAAACUGUUAUCAGAGCGGACAAGGAUGUGGACACGAAUGGUAGAACACGUUAUGUCAUCCCUCUGUCUCUGUAUUCAGACAAGACUCAUGUAGACGGUCGUCAAAAGCAGACAGUGUAUCCUCUGAUGAUCUCAAUCGCCCAUUGCCCAUCAGAUGCCACACUGCUUGCGUAUCUUCCAGUGCUUCAACACCGGCCACGUGACAAGGGCUGGGGUCCGCACUCCACCGCGUUUAGAAAACGGAAAACUGUGAUUUUGCAUAAAGCGUUGUCAACAGUAUUGCAGUCCGCAAAGGAGGCAUCCCAUGACGGCAUGAUGGUAACAACGGAGCAGUUAGGUGAGAUAACAGUGCACCCUUUCGUCAUGAACUAUAUACAGGACUAUCCUGAAAGGUGUGCCCUUGCAACUGUGAAAUUCGGUGUUUGUCCAAUAUGCACAGUGUCCAAAGACGAUUUGGAUGUCAUCGCCGAUUUCACCAACUGCAGGAGAUCGCAGACACUAGAGACGCAACUUGCCGCGGACUGCUUCAACAGUGGGGACAACGACAUUCGUCGUGCUGCUGAGGCACGAAUGUCAGAAUUGGACAUGCAUAAGCAUGUUCAAGAGAACGGCCUAUGGAGAUUCUACAGGGGUCCGCAUGGUGACGAUCCUGAACUAGAUUACCAUCUCGCUUUGCAACCAGACCGAGGCAAUCGGUCGACGGGUAUGRCUGCAGAGGMUGGAAAGAGACCCAAGAGGGUGGACGAGGAACACUUAUUCCCGUUCACGUGGAAAUCAAGAAGACACGCCAUAUCAAUAACAAAACGGGACGUAUUGCGAUUGGGUGCCAAGCAGUGGUUGAACGAUAACGUGAUCGAUAUGUACUUACAGUCCGUCUAUGACGAACAUUUUCCAGACGGAGACAAUAUGACACUUCAUGUUUGCACAUCUUUCUGGCACCCCGUAGUCAUCGCCAAUCAGAAGGUUUAUGUCGCGAAAGCGGGAUGGCAGGGGCGGAUCAAGAGUACAUCGCCAAAGCUGCGUCGAAUAAGCAAUGAACUGCGAACAACAAGUGUUGUUCUCAUCCCUGUGAAUCACGAAAACCAUUGGAAAUUGCUCUUGCUACUGAAUGUCGACCAGUUUUUUGCAGUCACGGAGGACAACGAUGGCCAGAAACGACCUGUUGCGAUCGUCAUCGAUUCCUUUCAACAGAGCGGCCGACAGGAAUGGAAGGCGUUGCGCACAUUUUUGUGGUAUGAAUACCUCAGCGAGGCAGACAAAGCAGGGGUGUUGACUCCCGACACAGUGGACACGUCGUAGGUGACAUAGAGAGAUCUACUUGGAUCUAAGAUAGUGUACGCUGAAUGCUCACAACAGACCAAUACGUCAGACUGUGGUGUUUACGUUUGUUGCGUGGCAGCUUAAUUGAUGCG